AUGGAGCUCUGGAAUAUGACUGAUGUGCCAGCCAAGCUGGACUCGCCUCUGUCUAACUGCACUGUGGACACCAGCUACCGCUUCACCUUCUACCAAGUGUCCUACAGUGUCAUCUUCCUGCUGGGGUUGGCCACCAACAGCCUGGCUCUGCGCAGACUGUGUCUAUCUCGCUGCACCAUGAACAGCACAGCCAUCUACCUCAUCAGUCUGUCAGCUGCCGACAUGUUUUUCGUCAUCUCUCUUCCCCUGAGGAUUUAUUAUUACCACCAAAAGGCCCGAGCCUUGUCCUCCAAGACAGCAGACUCGUCAAUUUGGACUCCCGAGGCAGCAUACUGCCAGCUAACUUUCACCCUAAAAUACAUCAGCCUGUAUGGAGGCAUCUUCUUCCUGGUGUGUAUCGCUGUGGACCGUUACUUUGCUGUAGUUCACCCGCUCGCAUCAACGCUCCGCAGGCUCCGUGUUGCACAGCUGGUCAGUGGUGGGAUCUGGUGCCUGGUGCUAGGGCUCAGUGUGAGUCUGCCUCUGCUGCGCUCUGCAGCUGCCCGACAACACCAGCCCUGUCUGCUGGACCCAUCCUCUCAACGCCACCGCACUAUCAUUCUGGUGGCCCUGGGCUUAGUGCUGGGGUCAUUUCUGCUGCCCACUCUGCUGCUUCUCUACAGCUACUGCCGAGUGCUGAGCGUGCUUCGCCAGCCAAGACACCGCUCCCGCAGCCAGCGCCGCAGCCGCCAGCACACUCUCACAGUAAUUUACUGGGUGCUAGGCAUCUUUCUGCUCUGCUUUGUGCCCUAUCACAUCAACCUGCUGGGAUACACUCUGACACACGUGGGGCUGCUGCCCAGCUGUGGCCUCGCCAAGGUGACCAAGACUGUGCACCCUGUGGUGAUGUCACUGGCCAGCUCCAACUGCUGCCUCAACCCGCUAAUCUACUACUUCUCCAGGAGCCUGGUACACAAAGAGGCUCCCGGUGGUGGAGGCAGUGGCAGCCAGUGA